CUGCAGAGACAUUGAAGUGAAGUUACAGGCUACAAAUGAAGAUGAACACAUCCUUCCCAUGGUUUCCCAUGAAACUUACCUGGAGUGGGAGGGUAUUGUGAGAAAGGAGAGAGGAGGAAGGAGCACAAGGGGUCUAUAAACAAGAGUCAUGAAUCUCCAUCAGGUCCUCACAGGGGCUGUCAACCCUGGGGACAAUUGUUUCUCUGUAGGGAGCGUCAACAAUGUGCCAUUCACGGCCUAUGCGUCAGGUUGUGACGUGGUGAUUUUGGGCAGUGACUUUGAGCGACUACAGAUCAUCCCAGGGGCCAAACAUGGCAACAUCCAGGUCGGCUGUGUCGACUGCUCACUGCAGGGUGGACAGAUUGCAGCUUCCUAUGGAAGCAUUGUGUGUAUCUUUGAGCCUGUUCAACACCCAGAUCAAAAAGAUACAUUGUUGACUAAGUUGAACUGCCAAUGGCAGAAGACUGGUCAGUUUGUAUUACAGUCUAUGGUACGGAACCUGGCCUGGCACCCCACAGGCAGCACUCUGUUAACAGGCUCUAGUAGCAUCCAGUUGUGGUCUAAUGUUGAUGGAGUAAAAGAUGAAGCUGAAGAAGGGGGCAAGAAGGCAGAAGGGACAAUAAGAGAUUCUCGUUCUGCCUGGAGGUGCAUCUGGCACAGCAAGACAGCCUCUCCAGUCAGUUUAAUGAAGUUCUCACCUGAUGGGGAAUUCUUUGCUACAGCUGGACAGGAUGACUGCCUAGUAAAGGUCUGGUACAGCACCAGUAAGUGGAAGUCAGGUGUUUCCAGACUCUUUAAAUCUCCUGAACCGAGUGUCAGUGUCCAGGGAGAGUUGGCCUUCUCCUUUGUCUACCUGGCCCAUCCCCGUUCUGUUACCGGCUUCUCUUGGAGGAAGACCAGCAUGUACAUGCCACGAGGUGCAGUGUGUAAUGUUCUGCUCACCUGCUGUAAGGACAGCGUUUGUCGGCUCUGGGCAGAGACGCUGUUGCCAGGUGACAGCCUCUUGUCUGGACUCCAUAACAACCAAGCGCCUGGCCAACACAGCAAUACACUCAAAUGUGCUGGUCCCGCUGGGAAACGCACCUGCAACGGGAAGACACAAGGAAAAACAGCACCCGAAUUGAAUUUUCAAGAAUCAUGGCACUCCUCGUUAUAUCGGGAUGUGCCCCAGCCCUCCCUGACUGGCUGCCUGCCUCAUCAUCAGAGCCGACACUACAACCACAAGAAGGGCAGCAGCAACAUGCCCCAUGCCAAUGCUCUCUGCCACUUCCACAUUGCUGCCAGCAUCAACCCGGCCACAGACAUUCCUCUGCUGCCCUCCAUCUCCUCUCUGAGUGCUGUGGAUGAUGAGGAACCUGGAGGUCCUUUUACGGUCCACUGGCUCAACAACAAAGAGCUUCAUUUCACUUUAGCUAUGGAAGUCUUCCUGCAGCAGCUCCGAGGCAGCCUGGAGCAGCAGAACGAUUGCUCCCAUGAAGAGCCUGAAGAUGAGGAUAACUUUGAUGAAGAGGACAAUAGUAGCAGGCCAAGUGAUCCCCAACGACCCGAUGCUGUGGAGCUUCCUUUGGCAGCCGUGGAGCACCAGGUGGACGUGCUGUUAGAGGAGUGGAAUAAAGGGGCAGACAUGUUGUUCAGUAUUCAUCCCAUGGACGGCUCACUGUUAGUCUGGCAUGUGGACUGGUUAGAUGAAUACCAGCCAGGAAUGUUCAGACAAGCUCAGGUGUCGUUCGUGUCCCGUAUCCCUGUUGCAUUCCCUACAGGUGAUGCAAUCUCCCUGAGCCACAGUGUCGUUAUGUAUGCCUGCAACAAGAACGUGGAUCUGGCUAUUCAACAUGGCAGACAACGACCACCUGGGAGCACAUUGCCUCAAACUAAAUCUGCUCUAAUAAGCUAUGGAGGUCAAGGAAAAGCUGCACCCAGCAGUAGUCUUCGACUAAGCAUUUUCACCCCGAACGUCCUUAUGAUCUCCAAACAUUCUGAUGGUUCCCUGAACCAGUGGGCAGUCAGUUUCGCGGAAGACUCUGCUUUCUCCACUGUGCUCAGCGUCUCUCACAAGUCACGGUACUGUGGCCACCGCUUCCACCUCAAUGACCUGGCCUGUCACUCAUUACUCCCUCUCCUCCUCACCACCUCACACCAUAACGCCUUGAGGACGCCAGAGGUAGACAGCAUUCUGUCUCCUCCCGAGACCUGCUCCACUGGUUUCUCUCAUUCAACAUCUCUGUCCCGUGGGUCACGGCCCAGCCGGGUGUCCCUAGGUGUGGUUUCCCAGGAUCCCAAUGCGAUCUACAGUGAGCUGAUUUUAUGGAGAGUGGACCCUGUUGGCCCGCUGUCUUUGUCAGGCGGGGUCUCCGAGCUAGCUAGGAUUAAUUCUCUCCAUGCAUCAGCAUUUGCUAAUGUAGCCUGGCUGCCCACACUCAUUCCCAGCAGCUGUUUAGGUUUGUACUGUAACUCCCCCAGCGCCUGUUUCGUGGCAAGUGACGGCCACUCACUCAGGCUGUAUCAGGCUGUUAUCGAAGCAAAGAAACUCCUGAGUGAGCUCUCCAACCCUGAGAUAUCAAAAUAUGUUGGGGAAGUUUUCAACAUUAUCAGUCAGCAAUCCACAGCAAAACCAGGGUGUAUUAUAGAGCUGGAUACCAUUACUGACUUUCAGGGGAAGGAGACCCAGCUCCUGCAUGUUUUUGAGGAGGAUCUGAUCCUUGGCAGUGAGAGAACAGAGAGCACACAGGACACUCCUGAUUCUCCUCACACUGCCUCUGGUGAGCCGCCCUUCUCGGCACGUUUUUUCCUCGUAGUGGUUGAAUUAUCCCCAACAGGUCGCUCACUCCUUCACAUGUGGCAUCUCCAUCUUGCUGCUCGACCCAUCACCAUGGAGGAGGCCACGAUAGAGAGGGAUCCCACCACAGCUUCUCCUAUAAACAGAUCUCAGUUCCGCUGUGACACAUUCAGUUCAUCAGUAACUCAGAAGAGUAAAUCCUGCACUUCUAAUCUGCAGAGUGCCUGUCGCCUCAGCCUCACAACACACAGACUUUACAGCCAAGAGAUGGCUCUGCCAGAAGGGGUAGAAGCAAUCAGUGUUACACCCUCAGCAGGUCACCUGAGUGCGUCAUGUUCUCUGCCAGCUGGCCGUGUCCCUUACCUCCUUGCUACUUCCUGUUCCGAUGGAAAAGUGCGCUUCUGGAGGUGUAAUGUUAUAGCGACAGAGCCCUCCAGUGUGGACAACUUCUUGUACCGGUGGGAGGAGUGGCCGCUCCUGGUGGAGGAGAGGCUUCCCAACAGCAGCGCAGUAGCUGUACCAGGUCGCCCCAUUGAGGUCAGCUGUUGUCACACUGGACAGAUCGCAGUUGCCUACAGGCAGAUGCCAAAUACACCUCUGAACUCAACACCUCUUCUGAACUCUCACGGAUUGACUUCUCCUCCUACCCUGGCAUCCUCCCCCUACAACACCCAUCCGACCCCGACCUUGACUGUACAGCGUAGCCCAAAUCUCACUCCAAGCCCCAACCUAGCAAACAUUAGAGAACCAUUGGUCCACAUUAGCAUCUUCCAGUGUGAGUCCACAGGUGGUUCACAGUGGAUUCUAGAGCAGACCAUUGUCCUGGAUAACACAGAUCCCACAGCUAACUAUGGUAUUAUCAGUAGUAAAACUGGAGGUGCCAAUAUUCCAAGUAACGUGGACUUCUCUUUACCUAAUGAGAACUGUCUUGGUUCCACUAGUAAGAGCCUGGUCCAUUUGGACUGGGUGUCCCAAGAGGAUGGGUCGCAUGUUCUGACUGUCGGUAUUGGGACAAAGAUUUAUAUGUAUGGACGUCUCUCUGGGAAGCCUCCAGAACUGGGUCUGUCAUCUGAUGCCAGUAGAGAUCAGAGCUUGUCUCGCCUGGUUCUGCUUCGGUCAGUCGAUCUGGUCUCUUCGGUUGAAGGCUCAUUACCCAUCCCAGUCUCCCUCUCCUGGGUACGAGAUGGCAUCUUGGUAGUAGGGAUGGACUGUGAGAUGCACGUCUACUCCCAGUGGCAGCCCCCAGCACCACCCAAACCAAAUGCUGCCAUUGCCCAAGAAACAGACAUCAGCAGCAGUGUCUCCUCCAUAAUCUCAGCUGUCAGACAAAGCCAAGAGGAGGGACUCACUCCUGGGGCUGCAAUGUCUUUACUAGCCCCUCCCAAAAAGGCCUUGACAAGGUCGAUGAUGAGCCUGGCUCAGAAACUCAGUGGGAAGAAAACAGCUUAUGACCUGCCCGUAGAGAUGGAAGAUUCUGGGCUUUUUGAAGCAGCUCACCAACUCUUUCCCACUCUGCCCCAAUACCAUCCUGUACAGUUACUAGAGCUCAUGGAUCUAGGGAAGGUUCACCGUGCGAAAGCCAUCCUCUCUCACCUGGUGAAAUGCAUUGCUGGAGAAAUUGUGGCACUUAAAGACAGUACCAGCAAUCCAGAGAAACGUGUGCGCUCUCGAACCAUCAGCGCUGGAGGCAGCACAGCCAGGGAUCCAAAGAUGUUCAGCAAAGUAGAGAACUCCAGCCCAGACUACACAGAGAUAAGCUCCAUUCCUCCCCUUCCUCUGUACGCCCUUCUGGCAGCUGAUGAGGAUAGAUCACCAAAGCCUGAGAAAGUGGGCAGUGUGAGUGGUGAUAGUGGGCAUGGUUCGAGUCACACAGAUGCUUAUGAUGAGCUCUUUCAUACACCCAGCAUAGUGGACCUGGAUCCUCUGGACAACAAUCAAGAAGAAACAGGCAACAAGGUUAUUGACCUGUCCCAGUACAGUCCUACAUACUUUGGUCCAGAACAUGCCCAGGUACUGUCCAGCCACCUCCUUCACUCGAGUUUGCCAGGACUAACUCGAAUGGAGCAAAUGUCUCUCAUGGCGUUGGCUGACACCAUCGCUACCACAAGCACAGACCUCAAGAACAGCCAUGGCAAGAGCAAAGGUGGAGAGACACUGGAUGAGUGUGGUCUGAAGUUCUUGCUGGCUGUCAGACUGCACACCUUCCUCUCUACAUCCCUGCCUCCAGCACACCGGGCACAACUGCUACGGCAAGGCCUGUCAACAUGUCAUUAUGCCUGGGCCUUCCACUCUGAAGCUGAGGAGGAGCUGCUGAACAUGCUCCCUGCCCUACAGAAGGGAGAGCCCACCUGGCCUGAGCUGCGCUCCAUGGGUGUGGGCUGGUGGCUGCGCAGCACCAACAAGCUACGCAGGUGUAUUGAGAAGGUUGCCAAGGCUUCUUUUCAGAGAAGCAAUGAUCCUCUGGAUGCAGCUAUAUUUUACCUUGCACUGAAAAAGAAGGCAGUGGUGUGGGGAUUGUACAGGUCUCAGAAGAAUGCCAAAAUGACAGACUUUUUCCACAACAACUUCAGCGAAGACAGGUGGAGGAAAGCAGCACUGAAAAAUGCCUUUUCUCUGUUGGGAAAACAGCGGUUCCAGCAUUCUGCAGCCUUCUUCCUUCUAGCCGGCUCUCUUAAGGAUGCUGUUGAGGUGUGCUUAGAGAAAAUGCAGGACCUACAGCUCGCUCUGGUGAUCUCCAGAUUAUAUGAGUCUGAGUUUGAGACAGCAUCCACGUACAAAAAGAUCCUCCAGAGACAUGUCCUGGGACAAGACAAACAGAUUCCAGCCCAUCAGGACCCAUUCCUGCGUAGCAUGGCUCACUGGGUCCUAGAGGACUACAGCAGAGCCUUGGACACUCUACUUGAGCAGCCUGCUAACAGCACCAGCUCUAGGUCCACUGAGAGCAAAUGUGACGUUGGUUCCUCUUCUGUGUCUACAUGUAACCCUGAGGUUUUCAACUUUUACACCUACCUCCGUACCCACCCACUCCUCCUUCGCCGCCAUUUUGGCUCUUCAGAUAAGGCUAAAGUUGGCCUGACCGCUGAGGGUCGAAGAGUUGACUCCAUUAGCCUGGAGGAGAGAAGGUUGUUUUUCACAGCUGCAUAUGCACACCUACAGGCUGGCUGCCCCAUGUUAGCACUUGAAGUCCUCUCCAAGAUGCCCAAAGUCCACAAGCAUUCCAAACUCCUGAACCAGGAGGAUACAGGCAUCGCUGCUGAACUCAGUGUUGGGAGUAAGAAUGGACAAGCAUCAGACCCAGAUUGGUCUCAGCCGGGUCUGAACGGCUACGAGUCAGGUGGGAACAGCUUGUCCAACAGUCAGUCAAAUUCAGUGCUAAGUUUUGACUGGAGCCAGCAAUCACUGACACUUGCAGAUGAGCCACUGGAGCUGAAGUGGGACAGUGACAAAGAUGAUGAAGAAGAGGAUGAGGAUGAAGAAGAAAUUAAAAAUGGUAAGAGCAGUAGAACUGCAGACAGCAGCAGUGUGUUCCAGGACACGCAGGAUGCCACGUCGCCACUAAUGGAGACAGUGAUGGGAGAGGACAGUGAGAACAGCAAUGACUUCAUCGCACCAUCUGAUGACAUCUUGGCGGCUCAGCUGAAGUUUACUGCCUGCUUGAAGAUUAUGACCAAUGAACUCCGGACGCUGUCGACAGGGUAUGAACUGGAUGGGGGGAAGCUACGUUACCAGCUCUACCAGUGGUUAGAAAGAGAGGUGGUGGCUCUCCAGCGUUGUUGCAGCUACAAGCCCUGCCUACCAGAGCUGUCAGGCCACAGUGAUGCUCCUGUUUCUGGGUUGGUGGAGGAGGAACAGCCUGGGAGCCCUCAUGGUGACAGCCAGAGGAGCAGGAGACACUGGCUGCAGGGUAACCAGCCCUUACUUAGGAUGUUUCUGAGUUACUGCAGCUUGCAUGGCUCCCACGGUGGAGGACUGGCUUCUGUGCGCAUGGAGCUCAUAUUGUUGCUUCAAGAGUCUCACCAGGACGACUCCAUCCAAUCAGUGGUGACAUCAAGUUCCCAACCCACCUCUAUACCCCUUCUGAUGGCUUGCACAGCCAACGUAAAGACGGUGGUGGCUAAUCCCAUUGUCUAUCUGACCAACCUGACUCAUGACAUCUUGCAGACCAUCAAUGCACUCGACUCUCCUCCACAUCCUGAUGUUGUUAACAAUGAGAUCUAUGUGAUGCACACCUUAGCUGCUUCCUUGUCUGCCUGUAUAUAUCAGUGUCUAUGUGAUGGACACACCUACAGCCAUGUGGACCAUUUCACAGGGAUUGUGUACCAGAGUGUAUUGUUGUCUAAGAAGCAGCCAGUAAGAACUGUCAGCAUGGAUGAGUCUGUUCAGCCCAACACUUCUCCUGCACAGUGGCCAGGUAUUACCGCUCUGAUUCGUCUGUUGAGUUCAGCCGGUGAGGAGAGCCAGCCAGGCUUGGCUGUGCUCCUCUGUGAGAUCCUGACUGCUGUCUUCCUCAGUCUGUUUGUUCACGGUAUGGCCAGUCACUCCAGCAACGAGCUGUUUCGCAUCGUGGCCCAUCCUCUCAACAGCAAGCUUUGGGUGACGGUGUUUGGAGGAGGCGUCCGGAUCCCUGUGAUAGAGAAACCUAACAGCCCAACAAGACCACCCCCAGCAGCCUCUCCGAGUGGCUCAGACAGGAAGUCCAGACGAUUCAGGCUUCUGUCAUCACGCAGUGGAUCCAGAGAGGAGUCUGGAAUAGAGCGGGAGGGUUCAUCCAGUCCCAAGCAUGUCCCUGUAGUGGAACAAGCAGCUACCACCAUCUUUAAAGAACGAUUUGUCCCUCCAGAGAUCAGCAUUUGGGAUUACUUUAUCACCAAGCCUCUGUUGCCACCAUCAGAAGCCAGAAUUGAGUAUGACUCUGAGGAGAGCCAAGGCAGUCAAGAUGAAGAUGACGAUGACGAUGACGAUGAAUAUGAAGAUGUGUUUGACCCUACCUCUCCACAACGAGAGCAUUCGAACCACAAUUCGUACAGUUGGUGUUUAAUGCGUCUGGCAAUGGUUCAGCUGGUGUUGGUCAAACUCAAGUCUUUUUACCCAAUGGCAGGAUAUGAUCUGUUAGAUCUGCCUGUGGGCUCUCCUUUGUGUCACGCUGUGCUGAAGACGCUGCAGCGCUGGGAGCAGGUACUGCAGAAAAGGCUGGAGAUCUUUGGGGGGCCUCCUUCCAAAUACAUCUCCACACACCUCCAAGAUGGAGCAACCACACCUGGCCCAGCCCUGCUCAGACACAAGGCCCUGUUUGAACCGUCCAACACCCCGUUCAGGACUAACCACCAUUCAGCGCUGCCAGUGAAACGUUUGUGGCAGUUUCUUGUCAAGCAGGAGGAAGUGCAGGAGACUUUUAUUAGAAACAUCUUUACCAAGAAACGGGACCCGAACGAGUCGCUUGAGGACCAGACUGACAAUAUGAAAUGUUCAGGGAUGGACGAGACAGGAAACAAUCAGGCUGAGUCAGAUCUGGGCUGCCCCGGAGGAAAGGCACGCAUCAUCCACAAGGAAUCCGACAUCAUCACGGCCUUUGCGAUCAACAAGGCAAAUCGUAAUUGUUUAGUCAUGGCCUCCACCCAUGACAUUCAGGAGUUGGAUGUGUCCUCCAUCUUGGCCACACAGAUCUUGACAUGGAUCGAUGAUGAUGAGGCAGAAGCCAAAAGUGUUGGAGGCGAUGACUUUCUGGUGGUCCAUGCACGUGAUGACUUCGCCGCCCUCCAUGGUACCACACCAUACACCCACAGUAGCCCUGGCACACCCAUCAACAUGCCAUGGCUGGGAGGCCUGCAGACAGGCAGGGGCGCAGCCAUGAUGAUCAAGAGAAAUAUCAAUAAUGUGAGAAGAAUGACCUCUCAUCCCACACUGCCUUACUACCUGACGGGAGCUCAGGAUGGUAGUGUGAGGAUGUUCGAGUGGGGUCACUCCCAGCAGAUCAUCUGCUUCAGAAGUCCAGGCAACUCCAGAGUCACCAGGAUACGAUUCAACCACCAAGGAAACAAGUUUGGUAUCGUAGAUGCUGACGGAGGUUUGAGUCUCUGGCAGACCAACACAAGUGGGAAUGCACCCAAACCAUUCCUGACGUUGCAGUGCCACAACAAGACAGCUCAUGACUUUGUCUUUGUGGGCUCCUCCUCCCUGAUCGCUACUGCGGGUCUUUCAACAGACAACAGGAACGUGUGUUUGUGGGACACUCUGGUGACUCCUGCUAACAGCCUUGUACAUGCUUUCUGCUGCCACGAGUCGGGUGCCACCGUGCUUGCGAUGGCCCCCAGGCAGCAGCUGCUUAUCACAGGUGGGAGGAAGGGCUGGAUCAGCGUUCUGGAGCUUCCCCACAGGCACCAGCGCCAGAGCUUCCAGGCCCAUGACUCGCCGGUCAAAGCGCUGGCCGUCGAUCCAAUUGAGGACUGCUUUAUCAGCGGAUCAGCUGAGGGCAACAUCAAGGUUUGGAGCCUGGCCACGCAGUGUCUCCUCUACGCCUUUCAAAACGAACACGCCCGCCAGUCGCUUUUCAGGAACCUGGGCACGGGUGUCAUGCAGAUUGAGGUGGGACCUGCCAAUCACAUCUUCUCCUGUGGCGCCGACGGAACCAUGAAGAUGAGGAUCCUCCCCAACCGCUUCAGCGUCGUCAACAACAACCACGGCAACCUAAAGAACGACGUCAGAUUCAUCAUAUAGACAGAAAAAUGUGGAGUUAAAGCAAUUGAACUGAAUAAUGUGAAGUGCAUUUUACAAUGGAGGAAAGUUUCUGGCACUAUUUUGGAAAGGACCUUAAUACCUGAUUGAAACAUUGGCCGUCAUGGGUUCAUUUUGGGGGAACAAGGCCAUAACAGAACAAUGAUGUCAAGUAUUAUCAGCCAGUUUAAAUGAAGAAUGGCUUUCAUGAUAAAACAGGUGAAAUAUUCAUAGGAUUUGCAGACUUUCGCAGAGUGAGAGCGUGUCGUCUGAUCCAGGCCCUCUGGGAUUGACCGUGCAGUGAAAUGAUAGCAUUGUGCUGUGCUUUGUGUGACACAUGAACCCAAACUUGGCAUUAAAGCCGACCAAACCCAAAAGCCUCUAAUAGUGUUUUAAACUGUUGUGGAAGUUAAAAGUGGGCACAGGGUAACGGGCGAGGGCAAGAGACAAAGGCCCAGCUGGAGAUUCUCGAAAACAAACUCCCAGCUCAGCGUCUGCUGAAGAGCACAGAGCUUUUGAUUUUUUUUUUUUUCCCUUUUGUUUGUUUUUUGUUUUUGUUUUUUUUUUGCACAGGAAGCGAAGCUGUAGAAGGAGCAAGAGUGAGAGGAGACUGAAGAGUCUAAAGCUGCAGCAUUGUUCUACUUUAACAGUAUCACCUUCUCUUUAGUUCAUGUUAGUAAAGCAGUGAGGAUAGUGGACGCUCUUCUGCAAUCACUGCUGGCGCGUUCAGGUGAUUAAAAUAGACUGGGUGCGCCCCCUGCAUCGUACAGAUACGCGAUCCCCUCGGGGGUUCGAACAUCUCAAUGCUACAACCUCGUCAGACCCGCUCAGCACAAGGCAGUGAGAUCAGUGGCCGUCGUACAAAGCACAUCGGAUCCAGUCACAAGGACUCCCAGCACAUUCUAGUGUCCAGUGUAAAUCUUUUUCUUUUUUAUCACAAAUGAUGCCAGCUUGGUUUGAAAAGCAGAGGACCAGCUGUUUGUCGCGAUCAAACCACACUUUAGGAAAUACGGGAUGUCAAUAUCAUAUCGCUAUUUUGUCGUGUCACGUUUUAAUUUUGGCCGACGUCCUCUCCCGGCCUGACUUGACACGAACACAGGACGCUUGAUUUUUGUACAGGUGGAAAGAAUCAACACAUCAUAUCUCUUAAAUUUAAAACACAAGUUUGACCUUUCAG